CCAUGCGCUCCUAUCCACCAUCUUAGACCCGGAACCACCGUAGCUCACCACCGCAAUCUCCACCGUCAACGGGCUGAGAGUCUGAGACCCAAACGGUUUUACUCUCUCUCUCUCCUCAUUGCCCAGGUUCUUUUUGUCCUUUAAUUUUAUGUAUUGACGGAGGAGAAAGAGAUUGCAAAGUAGAAAGUAGUAACCAAACUCGCCUCAGUCAGUCCCUCACAUCGCAUACCAUACUUAAUAUUACGAAUCUCCCGCUAAACCUCUGUGCAUAUAACUUUCAAUAUUUCCCUUUUUAAACCCACCUUUAUUUUGGUUAUAUUGCUUCUAAAAAUGUUGAUUAGUUUUACAAUUUAGCUGAAAACCCUCAAUUUCGUGGAAAGCCCAGAUUUUCCUGCUUCUAUCUUUAUCGUUUGGGUCUCAAGAUUCAAGAUUUCUGUGUAUUUUUGCUGGGAUUUAUGGUGUAAAUCAGAUUCUUUGGUGUUUUCCUUGGAACCCACGAAUUUUUUUCUGGCUUCAUUGAAGCUGGGAAACACAUAAAGCUGAGUGGUCUUGAUGAGUUUUGGUGGGGAUGGUGAAUAAUCAUGAGGAUGGGGAGAAAAACCCAUCUAGAGGAGGUAACGGCGGCGCAGGAGGAGGUGGGGCUACCAGGUCUUGGGGCACCACCGUUUCGGGUCAAUCUGUAUCAACUAGCGGCAGUAUUGGGUCACCAUCGAGCCGGAGCGAGGCUGCCAUUGCCACUCCUGCCAGCGAGAACACUUUUGCUCGGGUAACUAGCCUGGAUAAUCAUGCUGAUGAUGCCGGGUCUCUUGGCGCUGCUGGGAAGAAGAAAAGAGGUCAACGAGCAGCAGGAGGGGAUAAAAGUGGUAGAGGGCUACGGCAGUUUAGCAUGAAAGUGUGUGAGAAGGUGGAAAGCAAAGGAAGAACCACAUACAAUGAGGUAGCUGACGAACUUGUAGCUGAAUUUUCUGAUCCUAACAAUAAUCUUUCAUCUCCAGAUCAGCAACAAUAUGAUGAGAAAAACAUUCGUCGUCGUGUGUAUGAUGCUCUGAAUGUUCUUAUGGCAAUGGAUAUUAUUUCAAAGGAUAAAAAAGAAAUACAGUGGAAGGGUCUGCCACGGACGAGCGUAAAUGAUAUUGAAGAGCUAAAGACUGAGCGUCUUGGAUUGAGAAACAGGAUCGAGAAAAAAGCUGCCUAUUUAGAAGAACUGGAAGAGCAGUAUGCAGGUCUUCAGAACCUCAUGAAACGCAAUGAACAACUAUACAGCUCUGGAAAUACUCCAAGUGGUGGUGUGGCUUUACCAUUCAUAUUGGUUCAGACUCGCCCUCAUGCAACAGUUGAAGUGGAAAUAUCAGAAGAUAUGCAAUUGGUGCACUUUGACUUUAACAGCACACCCUUUGAGCUACAUGAUGACAACUAUGUGCUCAAAGCAAUGAAUUUCUGCGAAAGACCAAAGGAUGAUGCCGUGCCACAGAAUCUUCCAGCUGAUGGCGGGGAAGGUUCCAGCAUGCCCAACAUGUUCCGACUUCAGAUACCUAAUCCUCCUCCUAUACAAAACAUAUCCGGUAGGCCCCCCACCUCGCCUCCUCUUCCUGGAAUACUAAAGGCACGCGUCAAGCAUGAACAUCCUCCUCCCAGUACUUAAUCAUGCCAUGCCGCUCCAGACAUAACACCGGCCUGGCCUGUAUAGUGUGUAAAAUAUUUAAAUUUGGCGAUUCAUCUUCAGAUCUGCAUAACAUCCAUCCUUAGAUCCUUUUCCUAUUCAUUUGAAGGAAUAGAGGACAUCAUAUCUUAACCCCACAGGAAGGGAGACGUACUUUCUGGGGAUCAACAACGCUUCUCUUAGCUUUAAGCAGUGUAGCUUUCAUGUUUAUGAGUUUUGAUCCAUUUUCAGUUAGGAACCCAAACCCCGACCUGUUUAUAUCAGGUUGUAGGAAACAUCAAAUAUGUACCAAGUUUCUGGGCUUCAAAUUGACAUAAGCUAUGUUAUGUUCUUCUGAAA